GAGCUAAAACAGUGAACGGUACACACUGUCACCUGGAAGAAUGAAUUGAUUCGAUCGCGAACAACUGUACCUGAAAACACUUCCAAAUUUGGCUUGCGAAAAAAGAACAGGUGGCAUUACUUUCAUAAGUUUAGGUAACAUGGCGGGCACUUGAAUUGAAAAACGCGCCUUUUCUAAAUAACCUUACACUUGGAUGUCCCAUAGGUUAAAAAUCGUCUUAGAAGUUCUAAUUCAUAAAAUAUUGCUAUUAAACCUAACACAACUUCAUUCCAGCUCGAAAUAUUUAGUUUCCUCUCUUAUGUACCCUAAAUUCAAAGGUAUCAAAUUGAAUUACGGUAUAAAAAAAUAACUAGCUCACAUAUAAGACGUCAACGUCUCUGUCAAAUCACAAAUACAGUUGAAAUAUGAAUGUCAACCUCUAUUGUUUCGUUCUGUUUAAUUUUGCUUGUGUAAGGUUCUUGUAGGAAAAAUGGAACUGGAUUGAGGAGGGUGGAAAUUGAAUCUCUGAGCGUCCAGACUCUCAAUCUUUUAUAUAUUCCGCUUUUUGGUUAACACUUACACGUAAGGACAUUCCAAAAUGUCUGAUCUGGACAACUGGAUUGAGAUAGCCAAACAAUGUAAAUAUUUACCUGAAACGGAUCUAAAGAAACUAUGUGAUAUUGUCUGUAAUAUAUUGCACGAAGAAUCAAAUGUUCAGCCUGUACAAAUGCCUGUUACUAUAUGUGGUGAUAUUCAUGGGCAGUUUUAUGAUCUGGAAGAGCUGUUCCGAUGCGGGGGCCAAGUUCCUGAUACAAAUUAUGUGUUCUUAGGAGAUUUUGUUGAUCGCGGUUAUUAUAGCUUAGAAACAUUCACGCGUCUGUUAACUUUGAAAGCUAAAUAUCCAAGUAGAAUAACUUUAUUAAGAGGAAAUCACGAAAGCAGGCAGAUUACUCAAGUAUAUGGAUUUUACGAUGAGUGCCUUACAAAAUAUGGUAAUACUAAUGCUUGGAAAUACUGCUGUAUGGUAUUCGAUAUGUUGACUGUUUCUGCUUUAGUUGAUGAAAAAAUAUUUUGUGUUCAUGGUGGCUUGAGUCCAGAUAUCAAAACAAUAGACCAGAUAAGAGUUUUAGACAGGAAUAGAGAAAUUCCACACAAAGGUGCAUUCUGUGAUUUAGUUUGGUCAGAUCCUGAAGAUAUAGAUACUUGGGCGACUAGUCCUAGAGGAGCAGGAUAUUUAUUUGGUCCAAAAGUAACGCAUCACUUCAUGCAAAUCAACGAUUUGAGUCUUAUAUGUAGGGCGCAUCAAUUAGUAAAUGAAGGUUUUAAAUAUAUGUUUGAUCAGAAAUUGGUUACUGUUUGGUCAGCCCCCAAUUACUGUUAUCGAUGUGGCAAUAUUGCAAGUAUUUUACAAUUCCAAUCGGCAGAUUCAAUGGAAGCAAAGUUGUUUUAUGCUGUUCCUGACAGCGAAAGGUUAAUACCAAGCCGAAAUAUUACUCCGUACUUUUUAUAAUUCAUUUUAUUGCAAUAAAUAGUCUAUGCCAAGACAA